GUAGCAUUAAAUAAGUAGCUAAAAUUUAUAAUAGAACACCGAAUUUAUUGUAAUAGUUGUGAUUUUGCUUUGGGUUGGCUAUAAUAUUCGUUACCACAGUUUCAUUUCUGAGGAACUGUAGACUUGGGCAACGUACAGGUGUAUGACGCUAGUGAGCUGUCAUAAUUAUUGAGCGAGAGAGCAUUUGUGCAAUUACUAAUUUUGGCGAGGUCUAUUUGACCAACACAGCUCUAAACGUUUAGUGUUUGAUUCUACAAUGAACAUCAAAGAAAGGACUAAAGAGGCACUAAGAAAGUAUGACACUGGAACAAAAUACUCCCAUUUGCCAUUUCCCAAAGCAUCAGUCCUUGUACCUAUCUUUGUUAAGGACGGAAAACUGCAUCUGAUUCUGACUGUUAGAUCAAUGAAGCUGCAGACCUUUAAGGGUGAAGUAUGUUUCCCUGGAGGGAAGCUUGAGCCAGAGGACCAAAAUGAGAUUGACACUGCUGUUCGAGAAGCUGAGGAAGAAAUUGGACUUGAAGCCAAGGAUGUAGAUGUUGUCUGUAGUCUUGUUCCAAUUAUUAGUAAGGCUGGUCUUUUGGUGACACCAGUUGUGGCAUUCAUUCAGGAAACAUUUCAGCCUAUUCCAAAUCAAGAUGAAGUCAGUGAUGUAUUCAGUGUUCCUCUGGACUACUUUCUGAAUCCAGCUCAGCACUUCUCUCAUUCGUAUGAACUGCAUGAUGGAACUUCUAGUAGGAUACAUUUCUUUACAUAUGAAGAUCCACAUAAUAAUAAAUCAUAUGUGAUAUGGGGAAUGACAGCAUAUUUUGCACUAAUUGUUGCUGUUCUAGCAUUGGGCAGAAGACCAGCAUUUGUUGUUGAUUUUGAAGAUGGAGACCCACUUUCAAACUGUGAAUUUAUUCUUAGGAAACACUAUACCAGUAAGUUAUAAGUCCUGUGCUUGUUUAAGCAGAGUAUGGCAUUGUUAUAAAUGCCUGUAUAAAAAAGACAAAUCAUUCCUUAGUUGUUUGUGGCUUAAACAUAUGUACCUAUGGAAAUGGAGCAACUGCUAUGAAAAUAAAAUCAACAGAUGAGACAAGCAUACCACAGAGGUGCACUGGAAGCUGAAAUCCAGCUGAAAUAUAAUUUAAUAUUCACAUUCAGCAGUUUUGACUUGCUAUAAAUAAGCAUUUGCUUAUUAACAGUCAAUUUUGUCUCUGUAUUUUGUAUUUACCAAGGAGAAGAUCCAGGCUAAGGUAUACCUCUACAAGGAGCCGCCAAUUAUUUAGUCCGGUGGCCAUUGUGCAAACAUUAAACCUUAGUAAACAUGAAUUUAAAGAGUCAAAGUGGUAUGUAUUUGAUGAUAUAACUUGUGCUAAAAGGCAAGGUUGAACAUUCACUAUUGAAAGUAUACCUCUGUAGAAAUGUAUGUAUGUGUUUUUUGUGCAUGUUUGAGGGGAAGGGGUGCUGUGAAACUAAAUGGAGAUCAACAGGUAAUUUGUUUAACCAAUAUAACAGAACUUGAACUAAAGGUGUAUAAUGUGAUCAUUACUUAGGCUGUUUCCUUUAGAACAGUAUGAAAUAAUUAAGUAUUACAUUUUCUACAGAUUUUCAUAAAACUGCUUAUUAAGUAUUAUGCUCAUUUUAGGAAACAUCAUAUCUGAAGAGUUUAGAAGCAGUUUUAAAAUAGCAAAAAAAAAUGGAGAGAAUGGAGAUAAAGCUUUGGAUUAACAUGCUAAUUACUACAGAAAAUGUUUUAGAAACAGCUUUAAUCAGGAGCACUUUCUGUUUAUGACUCUGAUGAUACUCAAUGGCCAAGCCUAUACGGUGAAAGAAGUAACACUGUUAGACUUCUUACCGUACAUUUUUAAUUGGUUACUAAAAGAUUGGCGCAGACAAGUGGUGGCAGUGUCUUUUCAUAAAGGAAGGAGAGUUCCUUCAGAUCCAGAUAUUACUAAACCAGCAAUUUAACAGGCAUUCUUUUUAAAGUAGUUGAAUGGGCGAUCGUGGAUCUUUUGAGUACACAGCUUCACAUUUCUCAGUCAAGGAAAACAUGGUUUAAUGAAGAGAAGGCUUUCUUUCUAAACUUGACAGCAUUCUUUGAACAAGUAACUGUUAACCAUAGAAGAAGAUCUGAUUGUGCUUGCAGCAAGUCUGAAUCUAGCAAAACCGUUUGCAUGAUUCCACUUAUAGUUGUACUGGAAAUGCUAAAUUUGUUAAAAUAGGCAUUUAUACAGUUAAUUGAACCAAAUCAAAAACUGAGUCUGCAGUGAGUAGGGGAGAGGAUACUCUCAGACAAUUUGUAUGCAAGCAGUGUAGUAUUGAAGUGUUUGUUGAUGGGGCCAUAACUUCUGUCUUCAUUUCAGAAAUAAAGUUUGAUGACAUACCUCUCAA